AUGCUAGGUGUGGCCGAUAACUUGCUGCGUCUGCUCAACUUCUGCUUCCUGGUCAUAUGCUUGGCCUUCAUUAGCACACUCAUCAACACGCAGAAGUUCCACAUCUCGAGGGUCAACUACUGUAUGUUCGCCGCCGCGUACGGGAUAGCCACCGACGGGCUCUACGGGCUGCUGGCCAACUUCUGGGAGCCGCUCGCGUGGCCUCUCAUCCUGUUCACCCUCGACUUCCUGAACUUCGCCUUCACUCUGACUGCAGGGAUCGUGCUGGCCGUCGGCAUCAGGGCCCACUCGUGCAAGAACGUGCGCUACAGAGAGAGAAACCACAUCAUCCAGGGCUCCGAGAACAGGUGCAGAAUCUCCCAGGCCGCCACCGCCUUCUUCUUCUUCUCCAUGGGGAUCUUCAUCGCCAAGAUGGUCAUGUCCGGGAUCAACCUCGCCUCCAACGGCGCCUUCACCACCGCGUCCUCCAAGUUCGGCAGAAGAAGAAGACACGGCGGCGGUGUAGGUGUCCCAGAGACCUCUGGCGUCCCCUCCAUCUCCCAGGUCUGA